AUGGAUCUUGAAGGAAGUAUAGGUCAAAUUGAGGACAAUCCUAUGGCCAUGAAAAAUUAUUAUAUCCCUAAUUCAUUUCAAAGAGCAUCCAAUAUUAGUGUCCUAUUAGCACCUACUAUUAAAUUCGAAAUAAAUCCAAAAUUUUUUCAAAUGCUCCCUAAUUUUCAUGAAUUGCCUUUAGAGGAACCUCAUCAGCACUUAGAAAAAUUUCAUAUGGUCUGUGAUUUAAUUAAUCUCCCUCAAGUUACACCGAAAAUUAUUAAGAUGAAAUUAUUUCCUUAUACACUUAGGGACAAAGUUGGUCAUUGGCUAUUCACAUUAGAUAGAGAAUUAACUAGUUGGAAAGAUAUAGAAUAUGCCUUUCUUCAAAAAAUUUAUCCGUUAGUAAAAACUCAAAAUAUGAGAAAACAUAUAUGGAGUUUUUCUCAAAGACCAAGAGAAACUUUACAUGAGACAUGGGAAAAAUUCAAAGAUUUACUUAGAAAGUGUCCUCAUCAUGCUAUACCCAAGUGACAGCUCAAUAGAAUUUUUAUGAUAGAUUAUUAGAACAACAUAGAAAUAUAGUUGAUUCUAUAUGUGGAGGAGCUUUUAUGAAGAAAACCUCUAAUGAGAUUUAUAAUCUUUAUGAGAAUUUAAGUGAAAAUUCUAGAGAUCAAGCUUCUUUUGAAUUAUAUGACAGGGAUAAGAAGAGAUAA